AUGAAAUGUCUGUCGUUCUCUGUAGGCCCGACUGAACAAUCAUUUCUGACCAACAUAGAGGAUAUUGUGAACUCGGCUCUUGCAAUUGACAAGCUUGUGAGUUACAUCACAAUUUCUGCAGCAGAAGAUUACCUUCUGGGUAAAAAAAUUGGGUUUUGUGAGGAGAUAAUUAAGGUAAAAUAGCAAAAAGAGUACUAUACUUACAGUUAUUUAAACUAAUUAAACCAUCUAUUCAAAUAUGGUACUGGCCAGCUCACUGCAUGGUGUCAAAAGAAUCGUUCUCAUUUAAAAAUUGAAAGUUUUUUCAUGUUUAUUACCUCAAGUCAAAUUCUCAAGUCAAAUUCAUCCUCACCCGGUUUUAACUCUCCAUAUUAGGUUGGAACCCUGUCAGCGCAAUAAUUCAAGUGACCACGUAUAUAAUAGGAUGUUUCACAGAAAAGGACGCGAGUAGCAAGUGCUAUCUAAUGCUUUUUUUUCUUUAAAAGAUAACUUUUACAUUUUAGGCAAAGUAGAAAUCAAUGUUCCAACCUCGUACCCAGGCUCUUACCUUUGCACACCUGGGCGGAAAGACCCUGGUUGGGGCUGGUCGCAUGACAAUGGGAAAGACUUGACACCGUGGGAGGGGUGGUACAAUUGGCAUGAAUAUAGCGACUGAUCUAGCUGUAAAAAUUAAUCACGCCAAGUUGAAUAAAUUGAAGUGUUUUUUGUUUCUCCAUAGUCUAAAUUUUGCGAUAGUGAACACUUAAGGCAAAAGCAAGGUAAAUGCAUUGCAAUGUAAUCUUAAGGCAAAGCAGUGCAAUGUAAUCUUAAUGCCAAGUCGUUUGUCUGGAGAAAGUAUUUUUAGGAUGGGAUGUGCUUGCUGUUCUUCCUACGAGAUAUGGAAAGUCUCUAAUAUUUCAUCUCUUGCCUUUGAUACUUAUGGCCAAGGAAUGAUUUGAAAACGUCUGAGAAUGUUAUUUUUGACACAUACAGUCAUUUAAAUAUAAACAAAGUGAAAAACAGUAUAAAGUACUAGUAAAAGGUUAUGCAAAACGGAAUGCUUACGAGUUAUGAGGGAUGACACUUUUAUUAGUAGUAAUAAUAAUACAACAGGUUAUUGUCAGGAUCAACUGAUGUGUGUAUAAAUAGUUUUUCUCCAAUUGAUUGAAUAAAAAAAUGUUGCGUUUAAAUAUAUUGUAUAAAUCACAAUUGUAUAAUGUAUUACUUCCGUAUUUGCGUCACUUUCAGCCAGUAGCAUUGUAUUGAUCCUUUGCAAUCUACUCAAUUCAUGACACCUUCGGAAUAUUAUUAUGCUGUAAAUCAGGGACAAUGGCACAAUCUUUUUCUCCCGGUUAUACUGUUCAUCUAUAAUCACGGACAAUGCUUUGUACGUAAAUGGGCACAAUUUUUCCAUCUCUUGAACAAUUUCUUUGAAGUCAAACGCAAAACUGAAUUAAACUCCCUUCGUGCAAGUUCUAUCAGCUCCCUGUUUAUUUUCUCGAGAACUUUGCCAAACGGUAAUUGGUUAACUCUUUAUCAACAAGCGACAUUUUGACGAUUUUACAACUCAAUUGUUUAUAACGUAAAUAUCUCAGCGCGUAUUCACCCCCCUUUAAAACAAAGAAUACCAUUGAAAUCCUAAUAAAAUAACCUUUUCAACGGGGGGUCGAAUGCCGUCAAAGCAUUACACAAACCGAAACAAUCAUAUAUUUACUCACCGCUUGGCCAAAAUUUCGGAAUUUCGUUUCCACAAUAGCGUAAAUAACUUGUGAAUUCUUCAGAGUUCGGCUCAAAUCAAUAAGAGUGAAAUAUUCCUUGUAUUCAAGUGCUUUUAUAUCCAAAAUUUCAUUUCAAUACAGCCAGUAGAAAUGUUUAUUUUGAGUUUUUAAAAAUAUCGGGGUUUUCUUGUUUUUUCUCGCACGCGCGUGCCACAAGCUAAAAUUGGCGAAUAAGAAGUACCCGUAGCCCGAUGCACGUGCAAAUCAUGCUGCAGAUGUAAUUUGACCUUUAGAAUCGAUUUCCGACGUUUCCCGAGCGCUAGGAUGUAUACACGCGAUGUUUUGGCGAAUUUAAAUCGCAUUUCCGGUCAAAAAAUAUCCCGCUGAGUUCGCUAAUAUCGCAACAGAUUGAAAUAUCGAAAUAAAAGGCGAAGAACUGAGGCUACAAGCCUCAAAAUAACACUGUAAAUAGUGUUUUUGAUUGUGAAUCGAACAAGCCUACAACAAAAAAUACAUGUUUGAAGGGGCCAAAGUUGUGUCUGGCAAAAGGUAUGGCUUUAGUGAUAAAUUGUUUACAUUUUUCGAACAAAUAUGUAAUUUGUUGAAAUAUGAUACAUCUUGACCCUUCAAAGGUCAUAAAUCGCUAUAAUGUUUGUCUUUGACUAAAACUAUCAUUAUGAAUCAGGAAAUAUUAUUUCGCUGAAUUGAAUGGUGGUAUUUUCAUCUACGUAGCAUGUACUGAACCAAAGAUAUGAACCUCCAAAAUACUAUUGCAGUUCUGCAAAAUCGCAUUUCCGGUCAAAAAAUAUCCCGCUGACUUCACUAACAUCGCAACAGAAUGAAAUAUCAAAAUAAAAGACGAAAAUCCGAGGCUACAAGCCUCAAAAUAACACUGUAAAUAGUGUUUUUGAUUGUGAAUCGAACAAGACUACAAUGAAAAACACACGUUCGAAGGGGCCAAAGUUGUGUCCAGCAAAAGGCAUGGUUUUAGUGCUACAUUGUUUACAUUUUUAGAACAAAUAUGUAAUUUGUUGAAAUAUGAUACCUCUCGACCCUUCAAAGGUCAUAAAUCGCUAUAAUAUUUGUGUUUGACUAAAACUAUCACUAGAAAUCAGGAAAUAUUAUUUCGCUGAAUCGAAUGGUGGUAUUUUCAUCUACGUAGCAUGUACUGAACCGAAGAUAUGAACCUCCAAAAUACUAUUGCAGAUCUGCAAUAGUUUUCACAGGGUCGGUCGAAAAGGAGUUAAUCUCAUCCCCAUGCAAACCAACCGCAACGGAAAAGGCGACCUAAUAUGUAGAUAAAAAGAUGAUCGAUUUGUAUUAUCUAAAUUUGUUACUUCAGCAAAACCCUUUGCUGCACGCAGUUCAUGAAAAACAAGAUGCUCUGUGGAGCGUUAACUCGCUGGGGCUACACAACUGACGCACAUUACUGUUAAGAUCUAAAGGCUGAUUUCCACUGGCACUGUUGCGUUUUUCGUACGCAUGUACACGUACAUAAAACUUUGAAUCCUUCUAUUUUUAAAUAUUUUACAAAUAAGUUAACAAAUUCAUACUAAAACUUGCAGAGCAGUAAAUUCUGUUGCUUUAUUUAUUUGGUUAUUUUACAAAUUUAAAGUUUUACCCGCAUAUAUUAAGCCUGUUGUGAAAAUUAAGCCUGUCCCCGAGCUAAGGGGAAACUUCUGGCGUUUAUGCCCACAAGUAAAGUUAUAUUUUAUAGUAUGCUACAUUCUUCUGUCGACCGCCAGUUUAAAAUGUUCAAAAUAAAAUAUGUUGGGGCUUUUGGGCUCAAAAUAUUAUCAAAAUGAAGAGAGAAGUGAGACGAAUCCACUGGUGUACGGCCAAAAAAAGAGAAAACCAAUGAUACCAAAGUUAUCAAGGAUCAAACGUACUGCAUCUUUUAUAAUUUGAGCGAUUUGUCAACAAAUAAUACAAUUUCGCUUGGCUUUCAAAGACAAAGUCAGAGGCCAUAAAUCGCUAGAAUACUGUUGUCAGUUGUUUAGUAAUACAUUUGACAUCCGUAGGUACAAUUUCUCAUCCGUACUUGUUGGAAUUUGUCUGGAGCUUUUCGGUGCAGUCGUCUCAGCAGAGGGUGAAAUGUCAAUACAUCUUUUUGUGCGAGAGAAUGCAAUUUGACUGUCGCAGACGACCGUCUUAAACGCCUUGAAGUUAUUUAACCUCCUUUUGCAUGGCCGGCAGAUCAGGCGAGGAAGUUCAUCAUCACAAGGAAGUAGGCAACCGUAAAUUGUUUCAGCCACACUAAGCAAUUGGCUUUGUUGUACAAGUUUUUUAAGUACUUUGAUUCACAAACACUUCGACAAAGUCAACAUGUAUUAGAUGGUGCACUACAUGAUUUGUAUACCUUUUUGGGAGUUUCUUUCACAUCAACAUUUCAGUAUAUUUUUGGAAAGAUACAGUAGAAGUGUGUGCCGCGAAAUAGUUGAUUUGGACAAUACCGAUAGACGUGCCUUUAAUUAGCUUUUGUUUAUUUUUACAUAUGACAGCUCGACAAUAAAUCCCUUGCCACUCCUCCCUAAGUGUUUUUAAAAUGCUAAUUGAAAACACUCCAGAUUUUGAGGUGUCACACGACCAGCCCCAACCAGGGUCUUUCCGCAGCUGGGGGCAUGCAAAGGUAAGAGCCUGGGUAUGAGGUUGUCAGUGUUAGUGAAUGGCUACUCUAUUGGAAAGACCUGAGUGGAAGGAUUGAAGAGAGCCAGACUGUUAUGGAGGCAGAUGGAGAUGAGAACAUCCAGGAUUUUGUAGCUCAGAUUCAAAGGGAACUUUUUAGAAUGGUACGGUUGCUCAUAAUGCUAUUAUGUGUGUAGUAUCAUACAUGCGUAAAAGUAUGCGUAGUAUCAUACAUAUUAGGAAGUGUAGGCAUACACUGUACCUGUAAAGACGAGUUAGGGUUUAUGAUACAGUUUACAGUAUACAGUAUACAAUAUUGGAACAGCAAUAUUUCUUUUUACAUCUGAGAUGAUGUAUUUUCUGCAGGUUGCAACUAUGUGGCAGGACAUAGCAGUGGUUGCAUGUGAUAAGAUAUUUCAAGAGGAUGAAGUUGAUGUCUUUGAUCUGGUGUGAAUUAUGCUACCUUAUCCUGGGUAUAGAAAUAUCUUGCUCAGUAACUUAGUAUACUGUAUAUUAUUACUUAAAACAAGUGAAUUAAUCCAAUAAUUUCUCAUUAGUGUAAGGAAUGGGGAUUCCAUCAUCGUGACAAUUUGGGCUAUUGCUUGAUACUGGCGACUAUGGACAUUUUAACAUCUAACACGCAUCAAUGUUGAUGAGAACUUUCGGAUCCAUGAGGGAAUUUAGUAAUCAAGGAUUUGAAAGUUCCCAUAAGGUUAAUCGACGACUGUACUUGCAGGCCACCAAUCAUGACAUUCAGGCGAAAGAUUCAUCAGGUCUAAAAAUAAAAUAUACAUAAGAUAUACAAAAGAUAUAGGUACUGUAGUACAAUUUCUAUCGAGUGUGAAGUGGAUAGAUACCCAUUUUACUGUAUAUCAUUAGUUAUAUAACAGGUUAUAGUUUAAACUUGUAUCAUUUUCUUGUGUUUUAUUACAGUUAAACAAAUCUUAACCCAUGUGUAUGUCAAUAAACUCUUGUUUCUUAGUCUUUCAUUGAGGAAGGCUUUGGAGUGCUUCCAAGCAGGUAAAGACAUACUUUUGGUAUUAUGUGAAUUGUUUUCUACAGGCUGGCAAAACAGUCUCUCUACUGAAAUAAAACAGGAAUAAAGAAAAUACCAUCAAAUUUGUAAAUAACUGAAAUCAAUCCACCACUGUUGACUGGACAAGUACGAUAUAUACUCACAAAUGAGUACAGUAGCCCGGUUUAGACUAGAUAAUGGUAUUUGUUAUAGAUAAAGAAUUCUGGAAAUGGCUGUGGGUGGAAGGUCAAGAAGGUGAAAUGGACCUUGGUUGAUAUGAAGUGGAUACAAGAAACCAGCAGUCUUAUCCCCAAAGCCUGCCAACCCAGUUUCACAUACGACCACUGCAUCUGGGAAGAACAGUUUAAACUGCCUGAAGUAGAGUUAGAGACAAAUCCGAAGUCCGAAGGCUAG